GUGCGGGCUCCCUACGCAGCGAUAUACCGGCGGCACCGCGCGCGCUCCACUCGCAUACACAUCUCCGCGUAAAAAUAAAGUCGACACUGCGCGCUCGCGUACUUCAACCCAUUUAUAAUUAUCAGUAAAUCGCCGCGCGAGUGCACGACUGCCGCGGCCGGCGAACGUUCGUCGUUUCUUUUCGAUUACCGGCGCUAGCUCCUCUGAUCCGAGUCAGUCGACCCUGUUACGCGAGCCCUUGUACUAACAAUAUAAAUUAUCGGCCUAAAACUAGCGAUUCCGACAACGCGCAGGGCUUACUUCGUCGAGAACGUUACUAACUCCUACGCUACGGAUACCGGUAUCGUAAGCGCGAAGCCGUGAAUCGACGGACGACGACUGUUUUGUGAUAUGAUCGUGUUGUGUUAGUGAUAACAGUGUAAGGAUCUUAAACAUGCCCGAAAAACCGAAGCGACGUAAAAAUAAAAAUAAACGUAAAAAUAAACACAAUCAACAGAAUAGUAACGGUGAGAAAAAUGCUUGUGAGACUUCAGCAAUUGAGAGUUCCCUAAGUGAUAAUCAAAACUCUGAAACUAGUACAACUUUGUGUGAAAUUGAUAAUGUUUCUUCGUGCAGCAAAAGCUGCAAUAACACAAAUUUGUUAAGUCCUAGCGGUGCUGCUGUUCAAACGAAAGAGGUCAUCACUCAAGAAGUGAGUGAAGGCGAACAAUGCGAUUUAAUUGAAACAGUGAAUGAAAACAUAUCAGACUUAAAUGACAAUAUUCACGAAAUUCAAACUUACAUUGUAGAAACUCCGGAACAAAAGAAACCUACACCAAAAAUAUCGAAUUCCGUAAAAAGUAAAAGCCUAGACAAUGAUGAUGAUCCUAAAAUUGUCGAAAUAACCGAUGACACACUAUUAGUUUCUGAAUCAUGUAAUAUACCCAUAAUCGAUUGUAGUAAUGUGAUUGUUACAGACGUUGACUCAGAUGUAGGUUGGGAAAAAAUUGAUGAAUUGAAAACACGUAAUCCAUUUACCGGAGAAGUUGCUACUGAAAGUAUUUCAAUAACUACGCUACCUCUUAAUGUGGCUCAGUGCGAAAAUAUAAAAUCAUUAACUCCUGAUCAAGAAGCAUCGUUGCGAAAUUAUUUGAAAACACUUAAUCUUUCGACAAGUCCAGAUAAUCUUAAUUCUAUAGAAAUUAAAACUGAAAUCGAACAGAUUAUAAAUCGUGAAGUAAAACACAGAUUGCGUAAAAAAGCAUCGGCCGAUGAUAGUUUUCCACAAAAGCUUUGUCCUCCAAGAAUGCUAGAUGUUAUUGAUGAAGAAGGUAGUAGUGAAUCAUCUAUGACUUCUCGCCGCCAUUCAUAUUUGAGUGAAAAAAGAAGUGACUUUGAAGAUUUAGAAGAUGACGUUUUUGAAGAUACAAAUGCUAUAAAAGAGAAAUUUGCUGCAAAACCACCAGUAGCCUUACGCAACAAAUCAUUAGGCCGUCUUGUUACUCAAGAAUGUGUUUUAGUUGAUGCCAAAAUAAAGGAACCUGAAGUGAGUGAAGCUCGAGGCGACUGGACUAUGAAAACUGUUGAAAAAUUAUCCGGUGCUGAAGUAGUAUAUUUAACUGAUUCGUCAAGCAGUACCAGCUCUAUACAUGAAAUAGAGGAAGAGACAGAUGAUAGUAUCGAUACAGAUGUUUCUGUGCGUAUGAUUACACCAACAAUCGAAGUAAUUGAUACUGAACAUUUGCUGAAGAAAAACUUUUUAUCUUCUGGACAAAAUAUAUCCGACGACCAUAAUACUUCUCAAUUAGAAAGUCAGGAUGUAAUGGAAAAUAAACGUAUCAAUAAUGAACGAUUUAUUAAAAUUGAAUUAGAGAAAAAUACCACGGAAGACCUCCCUACUACUUCAACCAAAGAAAUGCCAGAAUCACACGAAAUUGUUGUUUUAUCAACGGACAACAUUAACACAAAUCUGUAUGUUAAAGAAUUAGGCGAUGAAAUUGAAAAACUUGAGAGUAUUUGUAAAUCAAGUGGUUCAGAAAGUACUAAAAAUUUAAAUGAGACUACUAAGCGUGACACCAAAUUUGAUUUGGAAAUAAAAGUGAUUAAAUGUGAAUUAAACGAUGCUUUCAAUAACUUGAUAAAAGAAGUUACGUCUGAUUCAGAAAGUUCAAAUGAUUUUCAAAAUUGCAAAGAAAAUUUUACCAGACAAGAUUCUUCGAGUAGCGUUUGUUCUUCACAAAGCACAGCUAAAUAUAACCCUACGUCUACAUCUUUGAAUGACAUAUCUGAUUUACAUAACGACGAAGCAUCUGAGAGUACUGCAAACGAUAACAUAUGUGUUAAGGUCAAAGAUAAGACACAUUCUAAUGUAUCCAGCCAUGUUAAUGAUGUUAUAGAGCAUGUUACAGGAGAAUCUAAAUCUUAUUUGACUAAUGAAGGUUGUAGCAUACAGCAUCCGAAUACGUUAAGAGAAAUUAGUGUAAAGAAAAUUGCAUCUUUGCCAUAUGGAGACAAAAUUUUAGAGGAAUUAGCCUCCGUUUCGGAACGUUUACAAAAUGUCAGUAUCAACAAAAUGAGUCCUACUAAAAAAACAUAUAGUUCGAAAGAUUCUCAUCCGUCGUCGAAGCAAACUACAAUUAAUGCACCUCCUCCAAUAAAGCCUCGUGUUUCUUCGUUAAAAAAGCCACUAGAAAAUGAGCAUAAUGUUGAUGUCGCACCAAAAUCUGAACCAAAACUAUUGUCUAUGUCCCCGUCGCAAAAGAUGCUAAUGGAAAAAACUAAUUCGACUGCAACAACGCGUGAUAACGUCGGAAGGCGCACUGAACAAUAUAGUAAAAAAAUCACCAAUGAGGAAUUCAAAAUUGAUUCUCGGGAUGUUUUUCAAAAUACAGAACAUAAUCUUAAUACUAAUACUCUCACGCCUUUAAAAUCACAAACCGGAAGCCGUUUAUUAGCUUUAAUAUGCGACCCGACCAUCACCUCAAAUGUAAAUUCAUUAAAAACACGUUGUGACAAUAGUUUUACACAGACACAAAAUAAUCUAUCAUAUCGACAAUUGUCGAAAGAAAAAAAUGAUUUCAAGGCAAGUCAUCUUAUGCGUGAACUAUCUGGUACAUUCAAGCCAAUUCCGCCUCCUCGACCGAGAAAAAUUUCAUUAGGAUUCUAUGAAAGUGAUGAUAAUUCUGAUUUUGCUGAAAACUCUCUGCGUUCUAUUAAAACUGAGACAAAGAAGUUUCAUUUUUCAACUGGCAAUUUGAAUAAAGAAAUUGAGAGCGACAUAUCUUCCAUUCAGAAUAUGCACAGAUUUUAUACAAAUGUCAGAGAUAAAACAAUUGAUUAUGAUAAACCUAGAAGACCUUCGUUACCAAAGGAUCUAUGCGAACAACAAAUGGAAUACAUACGACAGAAAGAGAAAGAGGUAGAAGCAGAAAUUCAACGAUUGGAGAAUCAGUCCAGAAUGAAAACACAGAAUCUAAGGAAAGGCCCUAGAGCCCCACUGAUCUCAGAAAAGGAAACUAUUGAAAAUGAUAUAAAGAACGGUGACAAGGUAUUGAUUUCUCGUAAAAGAGAUGUUGUCAUGUCGUCACAAGAUCUAAUAAAAAACAGAAAUGAUAAAGAUAAAUUAUCGUCGUUAUUUAGCAGUAGUCAAGAAGAAUUGCAACGUGAAAAAAUGUAUACUGAAUAUAUGACACAAAUGGCAGAAAGAAUGGAAAGAAAGCACCAUAAGGUUAUAAAAAUUACUAACACACCCACUUCGAUAAGGUCGAUAUCGAAAAGUAUGCCCACACUUGAAAAUUUUGAUUCAAAGGUCAACAAUAAAAUUGAAAAAGAAUUUAUAUCAAAGGCUAGGGAAAGAUGGGAGAAAUUAGGAAUUAGGGACCCCGAUACGGAAGAUGAGCGUGAAGUUAGUAGGAAAGUAUUCAAAGAACCUAAAAUAAUUGAACACAAAAUUAAGGUUAUCGAAAGUGGUGAAGAAAAGGAUGUCCAAAACUUGCCUAGUCAUUUGCAAGACUUCAUUCAUUUUACAAUUAAGGACAAGGGCGAAGAAACAAAUAGCUCUGAGACCGUCAUGAUAACGCCGACGUUCAAGGCACGCUCGACCUCUCCAGCCGUGUGGAGGCCGGGAGCGCCAACGCCCCCGCCGGCUCCGAGCACCCCGCGCAGUCCCGGCGGACCGCCGCCUCCGCCGCCCCCGCCGGUUUGGACGCCGGGUAGCGCGGAACCAUCUCCGCAACCCACACGGAAGACAUUCAGACCAGUACAUUUUGAGGAAACACCACCGAGUCGCCGGAAAUUCGCAAACACGGAACAAAACGGUUGCACCAGUGGCUCCGAGAGCGAGGGUCGACUGCGUACCUCGCAGAGUGCCCCCGCCACCGGGCUGAACACGCUGAGCGGCUCAUCAUCUACUAGCCGGUUACCACGAGUGCAGAACCCCACUGUCACGCUCUUGCAGAAAGCGCGAGAAGGACAGUUGCCACGGGGUCCUGUCACACUUCAAUCAGAAAGAGACAGUGCCCGAUUACCUCGUGAUAGGCCUUCGCCACCUAGCGGUGACCCAGUCCAUGCCUUAAGAAGAGAGUACGCGAGCGAGAGCGAAGCAGAAAGAAGAGAUUACGAACGUAUCGGCGUUCGUAAAAUGUCUGAUACUCGACAGAAAGUGGACGGUGUUGGACCUAUAACAAAAGACGGCAUGCCGAUUACACUUAGAUCUGAAGUCAAAGAUCCAUCGCGUUGGUAUAAAAAGAUGUACGACACGAUUCAUAAAAACAAAUACGAUGACGAUUACGUGACAAUACGAUACAAAAGUCGACGAGAGGCCGCAGAAAGGGUGCCAAGCAGUAAAUCUCAAUACGCAUAUUUCGACCCACGUUCAGGCUACCUGAGCGAACCUGAAGGAGGAUUGAGCAGGCUCAGUGCGUUUAGUGAUGCCUAUGACAGUGAUGUCACGACGGGCCCGAGGAGACGAACGGCAUCCGUGCAGGAAGAUCGCCGGAUCAGUGACGUCAGUUCUUCUUAUCUAUCCAAUAAUAAAUACAGCACAUUAGCAUCGGCAAGGGCGAGCCAGGAAGUUUACAAGAACCAGCCGGGAAGGAUUGAAAACUAUGUGCCCGGGAAAUCUUCAGUCGUUGAUAAAGAAGCAAAGCAGUGGUGGGACGAGGUUAUGGACAUUUUUGACGGGUGGCUAGACGAGAACUCCCCUCUGCCUCCUUACACAACAUUGCUCGCUCGCGCCAUUCAAAAAAGUCAAAAUAUAUCCAGCACUACCUCGUUGCCCCAACCUUCGCCAAAAGAGAAGAAGGAUAUUACUGCCGCAAUUCUGUCGAAAUCCAACAUGGCAAAAGCUCUGAAGGAGUCGGGCUAUGAAUCUGAUUCUACUCUUAUAUUCCGCCGUCGCGAGGAAACGGACGCUCCACUCUCUCCAGCGGAAAGGAGGGCCGCGUAUCGUGACCUGCAGGCCGGCGGGGAGCCACCCCUACGCGGAUUCCGAUCUCCUGCCCCGCCACGUCAAGACGAAACGGAAAUUGAAUACAUACCUAUUUCUCCAACGUUGACGAAGAUAAGAGUUCACAAGAAAACGCCACAAAUACAUGAAGUAGUUUGUUAUCCUGUGACAUCCAUUCAAACUGAUUUUCAAACCAAAUAUAAAAAAGGUGCGACGUCGUUACUGAACUUCAAUAUCGUUAGCGACAUAGCAGAUGAUCCACCAGCACCACCACGAAGAAUUUCAUCCAAAAACAGCAGAACACUUAAAUUCAUAACGUCAAACAGACCUUCAUCAAUGUCACCGAAGAGAGCCUCAACAAUUCCAAUGAAAUCAAAUGUUGAUUUUUUAAAAGACAAAAUAAGUCAUAAGCUGACGAGACAAAAUACUCAAAUAAUUUCUCCGAAUGUGAGUAAAACCACUGAUCAAAAGACUUAUAAAACACGAUUGAUGUCCACGUCAGCACCACCUUCUAUAAAUAGAAAUCAUGUUCCUGCUUGUUCAUCGAAAUCAGUUAAAAAUGUAUCUGAUAAAAAAACAUUAUGCACAAGCAGUUUUGGUUCUUCGCGAAGAAUUUUAGUCCCCACAGAAUAUUCAAAUGCAGCGUACGCUAGAUACAGCCAGCCUCAACGAUCUAUUAUAAUUGAAGGCGGGGCUGGAAGAAAAACACCUAUAUCGAACGUUUUAGACAAAAUGACUUCAUUAGACAGAUUGUGGAGUGCCGAAAAACGCAAUGAAAAAAUUGACGUACAUAAAGUCAGCAAAUCCGUAGCAAAGAAUAGUAGCACAAUUAAUACAAAUAGAAAUUAUACACAGCGAUCAAUUCCUGGAAAUAAUUCAAAAUCUCCUACAAGUGUUACUCACAAAAGCAGAGACAUGAUUCGUACAGCAGAAAAAGUCCAAAGAUUAAAACUUUCAAGCCAAAAUACUAAAUCGACUCCUUGCUUAGCUGUUAGAAGUGACGCAAAAUUUUUGAAACCUAGUUCUUUACAAACAUCACAAAAAAUAUCUAAGUCAUCAACUAAUAUUCCACAAAGUUCUAAAAAGCAAACUCAAGUGAGAACCGCCGUUGUAACAAAUUUAAAAAAGAAAAAGUCACUUGAAAGUAUUGUAGUGAGGCCCAAAAUUGUGCCUUGCCAUGAGACUUGCAACAAAAAGUCAAGGGAUUUAAGUAAAAUUAAUAAAAAGAACUCUAAAUUAAAAACGUUUAAAAAAACAAAUACAUCAGGGACUGAGUCGGAUAAUGGAAAUCAAUUUGGAGAUAACUUGAAUAACGUGUCAAACAUGAGUUCUGUAGAAUAUUUAAACAACAAACAACUCAUUGCAAAGGAAAUAAAACAAUCACAUGAUGCGGUUACUUCCCACUCAUUUUUUCAGCAUCUCUUUUUAGGAAGAUCGCAUGCUAAAAGUUUGUCUCAAAGUUUGCUUGAACCAAAUACUACAGUGAGACAAAAAGCGAAAAUGUUUCAAACCUUACCUAUUGAAAACGAUACACCAAAAUCCUUAAAUUCAUAUUUAAUUCACAGAAAGCCGGUUUCACUAUCUCGUUUCAAAGUAUGGGAUAGAUAUCCAAGUCCAAAACGCCCUGAAAGCCCACGAUCUAUAUCAUGGCCCGGACGAUUGUACAAUGAUGUACGAAAAUGCGAUAGUCUGAAUAUUAAUGAAAAUUUUGGUUCGACUUCUUCUUUAGCAACCGUUCGAAGCAAAAGUGAACCACCCAUCAACAAAAUAUUCUUUUCACAAACGUCUCGCCCAAAAUCACCUAAAGUAGUAUUUUAUAAAAAAAAUAAGACUGAACAAUCAUCUAACAGAUCAUCAACUUCGCCAAAUAGAUUAUUUUUUUCCCAAGCCAUUAGACCCAUUUCACCUAAAUUCAUCCCUCCUAAUAAAAGUACACAAACAAUGUCGAAUGGUUUUUUAUCGAAUUCAGUACAUACGGAAACUGAAUUAAGCAGUGGCCCUGUAAAGUUUGGAGAAAUCGGAACAAUAGUCUCAGAUAAAUGUCCUUCUACAAUUUUCUUUUCUCAAACAUCUAGACCGGUAUCUCCAAAAAUUCAACGGAAAGCGGAUCCAUCAUUUAGUCAUAGUAGAAGUCACUCUACAUCACCUAUUUCUUUGCGGUCCCCAUCUUACCGUCGAAUCCAUAGCGUUCGAUCACAAAUCAAUAAAAAUAGUUCUGACUUAUCUAACAGCUUAAUACGAACAAGAAGUGCUGGUGAUGCCGAUAAAAAUAAAUUCCAAGAAAAAAUUUACUUCAGAACAAAAAGCGAUAACAUCCGUCAUGUUGAUGAUCCAGAUUAUGAUGAGUACCUUCGAGAUGUUGAAAAUACUAAGGCUAGAUCUGAACGUUUUAGAGAACUGAAUAGAUAUUACACAUAUUUAGAAAGAGUCGCAGAAUUAGAGAAAACAACUUCAACUAGUGAUUUACGUCACAGGAAAAGAGAUGAAGAAAUUAUUGAUUUCGAUCGGUGGAAAAAAAUUCGGGCAAUUGAGAGGGCUGAAGAAGAAUUAAAUAAUUUAUAUCAUAAAUUAAAAAUUGCUCAAUCCGAAAAAGAUUUCUUAUUUUAUCCCAGAGAUUUAAAAGACUAUCGCUGGAACUAUGAUCGUGAAAGGGGUUUACGAGUUAAAGAAAGAUCUGUAGAAGAUCUAAAAGACCAUUUUCAACAUAUUAGCAAUACUGAUUCUCUAGAUUUAGAUCAGGUUGUUUCUAAAGAUACAUACAAACCGUUAUGGCGCGGAAGUAGCGUAGCUGAAACUGCUUUUUAUAUAAACAAAAAAAGUGACAGUGAUAAAAAAGAUAGAUCCACUGUUAAACCCGUUAUUGCUUUAAAAAAUGACUGCUCAUUCGCCGAGCUUCGUAAGAAAAUUGGACUAGGUAAUCGUUUAUGGAGUAGUUUAUCAAUGGACCAAGUAAAUGCUUUAAAAAAUCAGCUUAAUGCCAUAUACAGUAAAGAAUUGGAGUCAAAAAUGAACAGGGACAAUGAAUCAAAAUACACUAUUGAUGUAAAUAGUACCUAUAGAACAGAAAAUCAAGAUCUGCGCGUCAGGCGCAAUUCUUUGAUUACACCAAAUAAUAUUCCCGAAGAACAAAACCCAACGAAACUAAUGAAAUCGGAUUCCUUAGCAGCAAUUCCAUGUCCAGUUACAUCAGUCAAGGAAUUGAAAAAUAACGUAAAUAAAAUACAGAUGAAUUUAAGUGAAAAUGAGAAGAAAAAGAUUUCUCAAACAUUAAGUAAAGAAUUGUUGGAUAGAAUACAUAAAUUUGAAAUCGAAAUGCCUGUUGCAGUUAAACAAGAAACUGAGUUGAAAUUAUCAAACCAAACCGUUACUUUAAAUAAUGAUGAUAUUUUAAACGACGGUAAAGAAAUAAGCAAAUUUAACUAUCAGCCAAAAGAAAACGAAACUGAAACUGUUGAUAGAAAAGACAAAAAAGAAGUUCAGAACACAUCUGCAAGUGAAACAGAAACAGCUAGUUCAGAUAAUUCGAGUAAAACAGUCAUAUACCGUGGACCCAGUAAAGAAGUUUUAAAAAAAGUACAAUAUUUUGAGUCUGUUAAGAAUAUUUCCAAUAAACCUAAUACUGUAUUUCAUGCUCGAGAAGGUUCCGAUGAAAAACUUCAAUUAGACAGCGAUGUUUCUCAAAUGGUUCAAGAGCCGUCAUCACAAAAACAUAAAAUUGUUCAGUCACGUUCUUGUUCAAAUAUUAAAGAAUUCUUUGGCGAAACAGAGCAAAAUAAUUUUUUAUCCUUACCUAUGAAACCUGAAAUGAAUUCACGAACAACAUCACCACAUUCAGUAUUAGACUUCACGGACCGGCAUACGCCUGACACGCUAUUUUCUAGUGAUGAGACGAUAUGGCGUAGUCGAAGCCCUUCGCCCGACCCGGAACGAUAUUGGCGCGCAUACCUCAAUCUGGCACGCGCGGGUGAAGUACGUCGUCUCGCUAGACGUUUCGACUCACCCUCCAUAACCGGUUCUGUGUUGCGUAGACAUCGCAGUGAUCCUGAAAUUGCGCGGAAUGUUCUCAAUAAAAGUUGGCCUUCUUUUGAGAGGAUCUCUACUCGGAAACAUAUGUCUAGGGCCAUUCUCCCGGUGGCUCGUGUUCCUCUACGAACAGCGAAUCGAUUUAUGCCUCACAUUGAUAUUAUAUCAAAAUUAGCAGCAUUACGAAGACGUACUGCUCCCAGAUCGAGAUCAGCUGAGGAAGCCUUAGAAUGUCGACCAGGAGAAGUAAACCGAAUUCGGCGCAGAUUCGAAGCAAUGUCUCUUUUGGGACAACUUUAUGCUUCAGCGCCUGAUGUAAGUGAAUUGCAUGACAUUGCUCCGUACCUGGCGGGCACAUGGAUAGCACAUCGUUUUCCUAAGCCUAGCGACAACAACAGGUCCAUAAAAGAUCCGUAUAGUUUAGUUCAUGGAUGCACAACCCCAAUAAAAAAAGAUGUCAAAUUAGUAGCUCACACAGAUUCGAUUAAACUGAGCUCAAUUUUAAAACAUGAUACACUACCGGUAAAAGAAUUUGAUCCAUCACUACAUCGUCCUGUUAGCCGAUACGAACCACCAAGAGCGCCUCCUCGCCCUCCACCAGCUUCGUGGCCUCAACGGUUUUCAGCCUACGGGAGUCAACCUCGUCAUUCUGUUACAUUUCAAGAAACAGACUCAGCGCCCGAGCCACCGCGGAGAACACAACAUGGGAGCUAUUCAGAUGCAGAGUCUCCCCGGCGUUAUGUGGAAAGCGAUGUGAACAUCCACUAUCGGUGUCCAGUGCGACACGACCCCUUACCUCUCGUACCCGAGAGAGAACUUGCGAGGCAGCAGGCAGAACACAUGAAGAGGCUGUAUCGAGAGCAGAAACGGAAUAAAUAUCUGCAGGAAAGAGAAAUCCAACCGUCUGAUAUAGAUGCAUUUGAUGCAUCAAUUAAGGAGCUGCAAGAUAUGCAAAACAGGCGUCACCAAGACAACUUCACGCCUUCACAGAAGACCGUAGUCCCUCUGAACAGAUACGACGAUGCCGACAAAGUUCUUGCAAAAGCCCUAUACACUUUCAACGGUCAGACUUCUCGAGAACUCAGUUUUAGAAAAGGAGAUAUAAUAUUUGUGCGGAGGCAGAUUGACGCGAAUUGGUACGAAGGUGAAAUUCAUGGAAGAAUUGGUCUGUUCCCGUAUAAUUAUGUAGAGAUACAGAAGGGUGAUACAAUCCAAGUUAUUAAGAAGCCGUCAAUCAUCGAGGGCCGUGCCAGGGCGAAGUUUGAUUUCAUAGCACAGACCAAUCUCGAACUGCCAUUGAAGAAAGGAGAAGUUGUGACUUUGACCAGACGUAUUGACCAGAACUGGUGGGAAGGCCGCAACGGCUUAAAAACGGGAAUCUUCCCGGAUAGCUACGUUACAAUUCUACAGGAACCCAGCCAGAGCAAACCUGAUCCGAGGCCAAUCUUAAACACCGAUAAGCCAGCGGCGUCACCGGCCGCUCACGGUCUUCUCAACGGUUCGGAUAAAAGAAGUAUGGGUUCUCAUAGCUACACGCCACAGCAGAACAAUCCGGCGCUCGCUAACGCACCACCUUCCACUCAGCCACUUCCUGGUUAUGUGGCGAAACCAGCCCAAGCGACACUGACGCCUUCCGAACGUGGCUACGGUCCUCCAACAGGCUCGGGGGUAGAUCUUAAUAACACCGAACCCCUGUACGUCGAUACUAAUGCUGAAGCCAUACCAUAUCGUGCGAUGUACAAAUACCGGCCUCAAAAUCCUGACGAGCUCGAACUGAACGAGGGUGAUACGGUGUACGUACUGGAGAAAUGCGACGACGGCUGGUACGUCGGCUCGAGCCAGAGAACCGGCCGCUUCGGUACCUUCCCAGGCAACUACGUGGAGCGUAUCUGAUAGCGCGAGACGUCGCUGUUCCGUCGGCUGCGGCGCGCUGCACUGUGCGGCCGGCGGCGUCGCUGAACUGACGCACUAACACGUGCCACGGUACAACACGACACAACCUCCAUACCAUUAUACAGGGUGUAACUACACCGUUCCCGAAAUCGAAACGAGAAUAUAUUUUUUAUUGCAGUGUGUGUAUGGUGUUAAGUGGUUACCGGAGCCCAUAGACAUCUACAACGUAAAUGCCGCUACCCACCUUGAGAUAAGA